CUUCGCAUAGAGGCUGAGAUCUCUUCGUCGUAAUAUCGUCGACAUUCUGUUUGUGCGCGCCGAUCGAUCUCUCGCCAUUCCCGACGGGGCCCUUAAACCGGGGAAAAACCGCGAGAGGAGGAACGAUCGAGAGAGAGAGAGAGAAAAGUAAUUCGGCCGAUUCAGUGCGCGAGAGAGUGCGCGAGUGCGACACGCUUCAUUGAUUUGGGCCGAGGGGACCAGCAUCGGAUCGAUUAUACUCUUAAGGAGUCCUCGAGGAAAUUCGUACGAACAGCGCGCGAGAGGAUGAGAGGAGAGGCUGAAAAGUUCCGGUGAAAAGUUCGCGCCACUCAAAAAGCCUGUCGAUCUAAUUCGCGAAUCUCGGUCGACACGGCCGAUCGGCCGAUCGGCAAUCGCGAAGAUGGACUUCAAGUAGUCGGUGACACUCGUUUUCAGGCUCGUCGGACCUUCCGCGAGAAAAAGAGAGCCAUUGGUACUUGAGAGUACUAUGAGUAUCCUCCUCGUUCCGAACGCCCUGAGAGAGACGUGGUGAAUGUCGAGAAUCCCUUCCAUUCUUUUCCCCUCCCGCCGGCUUUGAGUAACAACGCAAACACCGAUAUUCUCUAAGGAGCCCGCGCUCCCCGCGAUACAUACGAUGACCGGCAAAAUGAUACAGAAUCUGCUGUACACCCUGGCGAUCGUCGGCCUCAUCCGUCGCAACCAAUGCGAGCUGUUCUCGCCGUUCGACGAGACCGACGACGAGUACCUCAACGAGUAUCUGUUCUUCGACGAGAGCAAGUACCUCGCCGAACUGCGGGAGUUCGACGAGGCGACCGUACGGAUCGACCUGAUCAAUCGUAACCGGAAGCACCGAUUGACGCACGAGGAGCCCAGAGUGCUGUACCAAAUCGGGGAUAGCGAGAAGGAAUUGCCGGAGUGCGCGGACCAAAGCGAGGUGUGUAGCAAGGUGGAUUUAUAUGGUGCACCGUGGGUCGAGAGACAAUGCCGUUGUCCGAACGGCCGUGCCUGCCCCAGCAGUCUUCACGGGGACGACGGACACACGAUCGUCGAUAAAACGCGGCGGUACAAGCUCUGCGAACCUGUGAAACGACUUCCCAUCUGUCGUUACUUCAAAGACAUUACAUGGACCCUCGCACCCGGAGGUGGUCCGGGAAACGCGACGGUGCAACGAGUUCACUGCCGAUGUCGGCCAGGUAGCGUGCCGUACUUAGUGCGAAGGCAACCUCACAAAUCAUCGGAUGGAAACCAAGGUUUCAUCUACUCCUUCGCCUGCUCUCCGCAAAGUAGACUACGAUGCCAGCACAAGGAGCCCUGUCGCCUGUUCACCGUGCGCAAGAGACGGAACUCGCAGCUCGAGGAAGUGAACGCCUCGCCCCUGUGCCAGUGUCCCGGCGGGCACCGAUGCCCGAGACGACACACGGAUCCCGGCUCCUUACCGGCGAGAUCCUACACCGGCGUCCUAGAGAUCAAGACUUACAGCGGUUACUGCAUACCUGCCCAUCGCUUCGACGAGAUAACUUAUGGCAUCUAAGAGCGCGAAUCCGCUCUCGGUCGUCGUCCGGCUUUAACGGAUGACGAUUACUUUUCAUUCAGGGAUGCGCGGAUAAUCGAAUGUGGCUGCUCGGAUGAUCUCUCGGCUUCGAUCGCAUUCUUGCAAGAGUUUCUCGCGAAAAAGCGUCUCGAAUGUUUUGCACGAUCCGAGCUUGCAGACUCGAGUCACACACCGAUAUGCCUCCACAUAUAUCGCGGAAGACGGAAAUAUUCCAGACACUACGCGAAUCAUCCGGGAACGCUCUCUUAUCACGUAUAUUCCCGUAGAAUUUGUCUCAAACGUACAACCGGCUGGCCUGCCAAUCCUUUUCUCGGACGCACCACCGCCGAUCGUGACGCGGAGAGAUGUAUUUUACAAUCUCACUUUCGGGCGGUCUCUCUUCCUAAAAAACAGCGCUUCUUUCUCUUCGCGAAUGGAACACACGGUAUUCGACGUUUCAACCUGCCUUCGAUCAAAGUCGAUCGAGAGCGAUAACAGAUGUCGAUUUCUUCGAGAUAUCGAUCCAACCGUGCAAUGCCAUGUACGAUCUCUCUCUGGUGGCGUUGGCGAGUGUAAAAAGUGUGUACAGAAGCAUGUAGGAAUAAGAGAAACGCGACCGUGCCGUCUGCCAAUUUUUGUACAAUAUAUUACACGCUCGACACGAUCGUGUUUUCUCAUGAUAACUCGGCCGUAGUGUCGCCACAUUCUCGCGGCAACGAGAGAGAAGAGAGAAACGAGCGCGCGCUUUUUUCUCCUUUCUCAAUGCUACUGGUUUCGCAUCGCUUCGUCAGAAUCGGGCGUUGCAGUUAUCACCGUGUAAUCCUCUCGUAACUCGUGUACAUAAUAUGUCUCUCUCUCUCUCUCUCUCUCUGCCUCUAAUUCCUUCCGAAAGAGUAUCGUUUGGGGGAGCAUGUUUGUAUAUGGUAGCGAUUUAAGGAGGCGUUUUUCAAAGACUUUCUCGAUGUUACUUGUUAAUUUGAUUGUAACUUAAUAAACUAUACGACGAUAUUGUAUUUUACCUCA